CUUUCCAUGCAGAUCACCGCCAACAAUGAACUGACAAUCUGCAAGUGUAAGGACCCUGGCCUCCUUAUUAUUCCCGUCCCUGAAGUUGAUUGAAAAGCGACAUUGUUUCUUUAAGAUUGCAUUUGCAGUCACCAGCGGCUCUGUCCAUUAUUGUUGUUGAUGGGGGAGAAGGGAACACCAAGCUCAGAUUGAUAUACGAGCGGCCGAACGAGAGAGAGGCGCAUAAUCAUCCAGCUGCGGUGCAGGCGGAGGUAUAAUCAACAGGUCCUGAACGCAUCCUUCCAGACAUGGGUUGCUAUGACUGCUGUGUGCGCUGCUUGGGCGGGGUGCCAUAUUGCUCCCUUGUUGCCACGUUGCUCUGCUUCUCUGGCAUCGCCCUGUUCUGCGGCUGCGGUCAUCAGGCGCUCACAGAAACCGAGAGGCUCAUCGAGACGUACUUUGCCCGUAACCUUCAGGACUACAUCACCCUCGCCUACAUCAUUCAAUAUUUCCAGUAUGUCAUCUAUGGCUUGGCCUCCUUUUUCUUCCUCUACUGCAUCAUGCUGCUGGCUGAGGGCUUCUACACCACAAGCACUGCCAAGCAAACCUUUGGAGAGUUCAGAAGCACCAUGUGUGGCCGCUGCCUCAGCUCCUCGUUUAUAGUGAUGACAUAUGUGCUUGCUGUGCUGUGGCUGUUGGUGUUUGCUUUGUCUGCCUUGCCGGUCUACUUCUUCUACAACAUGGAUGCAACGUGCCACACCAUUGAUGUUCUGACGGAGACGCCAGCAAGUAUCAACCAGCUCUGUGUUGAUGCAAGACAAUACGGACUCUUGCCAUGGAAUGCUGUACCAGGGAAAGCGUGUGGCAUGACGCUGUCCAACGUCUGCAAAACCAGAGAGUACCGGAUGACCUAUGACUUGUACAUCGCUGCCUUUGCCGGUGCAGGCAUCACUCUCCUGGCCCUGCUGACCUAUACUGUGUCAACCACCUAUAACUGUGCGGUUCUGCGGUAUCUUGGAAGAAAGGGCAUAGGUCCAAGGUGUUAGGCACCCAGCUUCCUGUCUGCUCUGUCACCACUUCACCAUCAACAAGGGGAGCUAGAGGGAUGGAGACACCUUUGUCCUUUCAUUUCAGCUGCACAAAAUCACCAUGGACUCAUUAAAACUGCGUUUAUAUUUUGACUUUUUGUGAACAAAUUUGCGUUUCUGUUUUCUGGAUGAGACUGUAUUCUUUCGCCUAUAGAUGAGUUGUAUUUUCUUUGUGAAAUCACUGUUAAUUUAGUCAUAACUGGUAAAUAAUAUCUAAAACUUUCUACCUCCCACUUGAAGUAGCAGUUCAGAUAAUUUAAAGUGGAUUUCUGUGGAAAGAUUGUGACAUAUUUUAACAGCUGUAGAUGGCUCUAUGAACAGCCUCAGUUUGGAGAAAUGCAUACUUUUGAUAGUAAUCAAAAGGCUAAACGACUUGGCAGUGCUGUCUAAAAACAACUCCAAUCUCAAAAUGUUUGAGUGAACACUAGUUUGUAAACCUCUAGAUUCCAUAUUUAAAGGCUACUUUUAGUCGUUUUGAAUGGAAUUUUGCAUUGAAGCUGGCUGUGCAUUUAUCAGUGACUAUUCUUGUAUUGUUAAACUGGUGGAAAGGUCUCAAAACUGGUGUUUGCAUCAACCCCGGCUCUUCUUAGGUCAGCUGUUUUAAGAUGCAAGUCCACUUUGUAUGUGGCCUCACUGUAACUCACCGUUAAACUGAUAUUUCACCAAACUGAGGUCAUUCAAACUGGUAAAAUAUUAAUCAUCUUUACACAAUAAUAAUUUCCAUAGAUUUUAAGUUGUCACUAACUCAAACUAAUGAGUUAAAAAAUGCAACAAAUGGUUUUCAGUCUGUAGCACGCACAAGCAGAAUGCGGCUGCUGUGCAGGAAAGGGAUGAAAGGUUACCGUGGAUACCACCCCUCACAUCUGGUUGCUAUGGGGGCAGACAAGCAUGCAAAUGCUGUCUCACACUGACCUCGGGACUUUUCUCACGGGUCGGGGGGAAAAGCCACGACAAUGCAGUCAUGUCUGUUUUGAAACGUUAGCCAAUCAGACGCCGGUUCCUGAGAGCCACCUGCACCGAAAGUCUGCAGAAGGGUUAAAUUACGUGUCAAAGGAGAGGGCCUGCUGGACAAAGAGAGGGUUAGACCUCUGAAGCCUGAAUGCAGCUCUUCUGGGACCACAUCCACAUGCUGCUGCCUGAGCCCCCAGACUCCUCUCUAAUAAUGGAAAAGGUGGACUCGGAGAGGAGGAACGGAAGGAAUUUUAGAUCGUUUUCACUAGUUUUGUUACUGGCAAAGGGGACGGGGUUGUUUGGAUCCACCGAGGUCUGAAACUGUUUGAGAUGGCAGAAGCACCAGGUGCUAAUUUAUGAAGUAAGCUCGUGAUAAAAACCACAGCUGGGGUGUUCUUCGUGUGUGACUGCAGUGCUUUCAUGGAGAAAAAGCAAGUUUGGCUUUUAAUUCUUUAGGGAUUUUUUGGUAGUUAUUGUAUAACACGCUACGUAUAGCUACAUUUGCUAACACUUUUAACUUAAACUGUUACUGUAAAAUUUGCUGCAUAAGCAGCGUACCGUUAUGUUUGACAGGGGGCUGGUAGACGUGUGUUUAAGAUUAGAAAAUCAACAGUUUUUGUACGUUUGUGUCUUUGGAGUCUGCGACAACGGUGACCGUUUCCUGUUCCUGGCUCCCUGCUACACACGGGGGUUCAGGUGUGCUGUCAGACGUUUUGUCUCCUCUCUCCUUGUGUCCACAGGUGCACUGUUGCCUGCACUUGGCCGUGUACCAGGUGUACCUGAAGAUGCUGAGGCACAGGGUGAAAGAGGAGAGGAGGGGCUUUGACCUGUACACGAGGAUGCAGGGGGACAAAGGAGGGACGCUGCUGUCCCCGUACUCCACGUUCAACACUCCCUGAUGGGGCUCGUGUUUCACAGCAGCAGCAGCACUAAAACCAACAAUUGUUUAGUUAUUCAUCUAAAUGUAGACUUUUGUAAGGCGUUCCAGCCUGACGGCCAUAUUGCUCAUCCGACUCCCUUUGAUUUUAUGUUGAAUGUUAGUGUUAUGCAGCUGAAGUUGUAAAUUGGAACAAAUGCUGUUGGAAACUUUGCUUUGUUAAAAUCUGGGCUCAGUAGUUUAUUUCAUGUAAUGUGAUUCGAGGGAAUUCCAAUUAGAUUUAGAAAGAAGACAGACAUGAUGAAUUUUUUAUGCCCAGUUCUGAUUUCAAGUGUGCAAUGCAUGACUUUAAUGUGAAAAUAAAAAUGCAAUGUUUGAUCUUUGAA